CUCGCUUUUGCAGCGUUAACGCAGAAGUUUGGGGAAGUAGGAUUGCCGCUUACCCCAGCUGGAGGAACUAGAAAGCGGGUGGCUGGGAGACGCUGUGGAGCAGGGAGGAUGGCCGGGAGAGGAAGGGGGCUGGUUUCUGGGCGGUGUCAAGUCUGAAACGGGGCGCGGUCACCGCCGAGCCUUCCCGCGGAGGCUGAGGAGGCCACGUCUCGCUACCCCAGGGUGAAGAGGCAGCCCCGGGUUUGUCAUCCUCAGGACCUCCAGACAUGUCUGAGGGGAAGAGCCGGAAGAGGUCGGCGCCCAAGGGAGCCCCAGCGGAGCCUGGGAAGCGAAGCGAGGACGGGAAGAGCCUCGAGGGUCGGGGCGGUGGAGGCGGGGGCUGGGCGGAUCCCCGGACCGGCUUGAGCCUUCUGUCGCUGGGGACGUGCCUGGGCCUGGCCUGGUUUGUAUUUCAGCAGUCGGAGAAGUUUGCAAAGGUGGAAAACCAAUACCAGUUACUGAAAAUGGAAACCAACGAAUUCCAAGGGCUUCAAAGUAAAAUCAGUUUAAUUUCAGAAAAGCUUGCAACUACUGAAAGUAUCCUGCAGGAAGCUACAUCAUCCAUGUCUUUGGUGACCCAGUUUGAGCAGGAAGUAUCCAGCCUCCAAAGUAUCAUGCAUGACAUUCAAAAUAGUGAAGAGAUGCUCACUCAAAAGAUGCAAAGCCUUAAUGAGAAAUUCCAGAACGUUACAGAUUUCUGGAAGAGAAGCCUAGAAGAAAUGAAUGUUAAUACAGACAUUUUCAAAUCAGAAUCAAAACAUAUACAUUCUCAAGUUACUGUCCAAAUUAACUCAGCUGAACAAGAAAUAAAAUUGCUCACUGAAAGGCUAAAAGAUUUGGAAGAUAGCACACUAAGAAAUAUUAGAACUAUAAAAAGACAAGAAGAAGAGGAUCUUCUGCGAGUAGAGGAGAAGCUUGGCUCCGACACAGAAGCACUUGAAAAGUUAGAGGAGGAACAGCAUGCUCUCUUUGCCAGAGAUGAAGACCUGACUAAUAAACUUUCCAGCUACGAACCCAAAGCUGAAGAAUGCAAGACACAUUUGCCAACAAUUGAAAAUGCUAUUCGCUCUGUUCUCAGAGUCUCUCAGGAUCUGAUAGGGACAGAAAAGAAAAUGGAAGACUUGACUCUUCAGAUGUUUAAUAUGGAAGAUGAUAUGCUGAAAGCAGUAUCUGAAAUAAUGGAGAUGCAGAAAACCCUUGAAGGAAUUCAGUAUGAUAACAGCAUAUUAAAGAUGCAGAAUGAACUGGAUGUUCUAAAAGGAAAAGUUCAUGAUUUUAUAGUAUAUUCAAGUACAAGAGAAAAGGGGACUCCAGAAGAAUAUAAUCUAGAAAAUAAAGGAAUUGAUAGUGAUUUUUGAAUGAACUACAUUUAUCCUGGUGAACCACAUUAUUAUACAUAACCUGAUUAGUUCCAUGCUUUUGAGUUAUUUUGAUAUGCCUCACUUUACCCUACAUUAUUGGAAAAUAAGUGAGGUGUCCACACAGAUGUGUUAUCCAGAGAGUCAAAGCUUAUCUUUUUAAGCAAUAAAACUUAUUUCAUUUUCACCAUUUUAAAUAGAAACAUUUCUAAAAUAUAUAUUUCUCUACUUUUUUGAAGCAAUAUACUUAAUAUUUUUAAAUGUUUUUCUAAUAAUUAAUGGACAUUAUUGUGAAUUUCAUCUGUCAUAUUGGACCCAAAUAUAUUAAUGUCCCUAGGAGCUAUUGAGGGGUGUCUACCUCCUCACUCAACCCCAGUUUGCUAUUUUUCAAACCUUCUAUUUCUUAUACCUUUUCUGUCACCUGAAAAAGUGACCCAGUGACCUGAUCUUACUGUCAGGUUGAUCAGUAAUGUUUUCACCUCAGCCAGUUUUUCACUUCCUUCGCAAUUUACUGCAGGCUAAGAAUCCAGACAACCAAGUUUAUAGGAAUUUUGUCUAAAAUAAAAGAUAACAUGCCUGAGGGAGAGCCUGGAAUGCUUUGCUAUGAAUAUGCACUUUUUGAAAACUAUGGAGACUGGGAAACAUUUUUACUUUUUGUUAAAGUUCUAAACUGUUAUAGAUACUUGUAAGAAAUUUUUUUAAAGAGUAAAUGUGUUCUUUUUGAAAGUUUUCCCUAUGAAUUAAGUGUGCAUCCUGUGAAGUAUGGACUUUGGGAAUAUCUUUGUAUACCUGGGCGUUUUUUGUUUUGUUUUUUUUUAAGGUUCUAACUGUGUUACAGACUCUUGUGUUUGCUAGGUACAUGAUCUCUAGAUAAAUUUUCUACUUGCAAUAAAAA